UCAAGCGCGUCACGGAUGUAGCUGUGUAUAUCCAGAAACGCGCCCUUUGGCUUCCCUUUCCACGGCUUUGCAUUGGAGUGGUGUUUAAUCGGGAGUGAUCGUCAAGAUUUUAAUUUAAUACAUCAUGGCAGAUAACGAUGAUCUUUUGGAUUAUGAAGAUGAAGAGCAGACUGAACAAAUUGUGGAAGGCAAUGGAGAAGUUGUCCCUGCUAAAAAAGAAGUUAAAGGAACAUAUGUUUCAAUACAUAGUAGUGGUUUUAGAGAUUUCUUAUUAAAACCUGAAAUUUUACGUGCAAUUGUAGAUUGUGGUUUUGAACAUCCUUCAGAAGUUCAACAUGAAUGCAUUCCACAAGCUGUUCUUGGUAUGGAUAUUCUUUGCCAAGCAAAAUCUGGUAUGGGGAAAACAGCAGUCUUUGUUUUAGCUACAUUACAACAACUGGAAUUAACUGAAAAUCAAGUUUAUGUUCUUGUGAUGUGUCAUACAAGAGAAUUAGCAUUUCAAAUCAGCAAAGAAUAUGAGAGAUUUAGCAAAUAUAUGCCACAAGUAAAGGUAUCAGUAUUUUUUGGAGGUCUACCGAUUCAGAAAGAUGAAGAAGUUUUAAAAAAUACAUGUCCUCACAUAGUUGUUGGAACACCAGGACGUAUUUUAGCUCUUAUUAAAAGUAAAAAACUCAGUUUAAAGCAUCUUAAACAUUUUGUUCUUGAUGAAUGUGAUAAAAUGCUUGAACAACUUGAUAUGCGCAAAGAUGUGCAAGAGAUUUUCCGAAGCACUCCUCAUGGUAAACAAGUUAUGAUGUUCAGCGCUACACUAUCUAAGGAGAUUCGUCCAGUCUGCAAGAAAUUCAUGCAAGAUCCAAUGGAGGUCUAUGUGGAUGAUGAAGCUAAACUUACACUUCAUGGCUUACAGCAACAUUAUGUCAAGCUUAAGGAAAAUGAAAAAAAUAAAAAAUUAUUUGAGCUCCUUGAUGUGCUUGAAUUUAAUCAAGUUGUAAUUUUCGUUAAAUCGGUACAAAGGUGUAUGGCUCUUGCACAACUUCUUACUGAACAAAAUUUCCCUGCAAUUGGUAUUCAUAGAGGAAUGACGCAAGAGGAACGAUUAACCAGAUAUCAAUCGUUUAAAGAUUUUCAAAAGCGGAUUUUAGUAGCUACAAAUCUUUUUGGACGUGGUAUGGAUAUUGAACGAGUAAAUAUUGUGUUCAAUUAUGAUAUGCCAGAAAAUUCUGAUACUUAUCUUCAUCGUGUAGCUCGAGCAGGACGCUUUGGCACAAAGGGAUUGGCUAUAACUUUAGUCAGUGAUGAAGGAGAUGCUAAAAUUUUAAAUGAUGUACAAGAACGCUUUGAUGUAAACAUAACUGAAUUACCUGAUGAAAUAGAUUUAGCCUCGUACAUUGAGGGACGAUAACAAAAAUCAGAAAUUGGCUACAAGUUUUUCACAAUUUUAUCAUUGAACUUUUUCAUUAACUAAAUAUGUGUAUUGAA